AUGGCCGCACCGGGACCCCGCGCCUUACGGGCUGCGCUCUGUGGCGGCUGCUGCUGCCUCCUCCUGUGUGCCCAGCUCGCUGUAGCUGGUAAAGGAGCUCGAGGUUUUGGAAGGGGAGCCCUGCUCCGCAUGAACAUCUGGCCAGCUGUCCGAGGGGCCUGCAAACAGCUGAAACUCUGUGAGCAUUGUGUAGAGGGGGACAGAGCACACAACCUCUCUGGCUGCGUGUGGGAGCAGUGUCAGCUGGAGGAGCCAGGACACUGUGUGGCCCAAGAUGAGGUAGUCAAGGAAGGUUGUUCUGUCUUCAACCACUCAGAGUCAUGUCCAGCUGUGCGCUACCACCCAACUUAUGAACCAAAGACAAUCACAACAGGUAGCCCCCAGGUCCCCGAGGCCCACAGCCCUGGCUUUGAUGGGGCCAGCUUCAUUGGGGGCGUCGUGCUGGUGCUGAGCCUGCAGGCGGUGGCCUUCUUCGUCUUGCGCUUCCUCAAGGCCAAGGACAGCACCUACCAGACCCUGUGA